AUGUUGGCCGCAAAUCUUCUGAUUUUUGGACUCUUUAUACCAAUACUUUGGGGAUUACGUUUGCCCAAAACCUAUGAAGCAAUUGCACUUCACUGUUCCUCAACACCGGAAGACAACCGUAUUGCCAUAGAUAUAAGCAAACUCCGUGUAUUGGGUCAUGAACAUGCCGUAAAUGGUACAAUCGUUGUGUCGGAAGAUUUAGAUGAUUCUUAUAAAGGUUACCUCGAAUCCUUUGUCGAUUCAUCUGGCAGUGGGGACUGGAAACAACUUCCGAUCAAAAUUUGGCCAAUUCCCGUUUGCAAAGGGGUCAAGGAGUACCUCAAGAAAUUAACUUAUCCAUCGUUGAUACCAGGAAACAAUACGGACUUUCCAUUUGAUGGCAGUCAGUGUCCCAUACGAAAGGGUACCUACUAUAUCAAGAAUAUGGUGAUAGAUCCCACCAAUUUUACUGAUAUUAUGCCGCGUGGGUUUUUGAAAGCUGUCUUUCAUUUUGUCAAGGACAAUCAAAAGAUGGGAAGCUUCGAACUUUACGGCCAAGUUAAAGAUCGAGUUUUUUAG